GGGGGGGGGGGGGGGGACCCGCGUUUCUUAAAGGCGCCGCGCUCCGGCGCAGCUCCCACAUCCCACCGAUUCUUCUGGUGACGCGGCCCCCCCGUUCUCUCUCUCUUUUUUUUAAUAAUCCACCACGCAGCAACGCGAAGCCCAAUCAUUCCCAGCGUCGCCGCGAACGCGCGAUUGUUCCAGCAUCCUCCUCUUCCGUCCUUCUUCUCCUUCUCUUUCUCCUCCCCACCGGCGCGCGCCGAGCACUGCUGGGCUUGGGUUCUGCUUGGCUUGGCUUGCCCCCCUUCUGCUGCUCCGGCGAGAAAGCGAGGUCGGGACUCCUGGCGCCGCGCGCGGCGGGCGAGGGGUCGGUUGAUGGUGCCAUGUGGCCCCUCGGGUUCUUCUCCGAGAGGCUGUUCAAGGUUGUCGGGGAGGGGGACGGCGGCGAGGGGGCGGAGGACUCGCCGCCGCCCACUGACGGCCGUGUCCCUCUAGCACGCCGGUCGUACUACGUCAAUGUUCCGCAUGUGCAGCAGGCGUUCACAUGGGACUGCGGCCUCGCUUGCGUGCUCAUGGUAUUGAGGACUCUCGGGAUUGAUUGCUGUGACGGCAUUGCCGAUCUCGAGAAGCUCUGCCGCACCACGAGCAUAUGGACAGUUGACUUGGCAUAUCUGUUAAACAAGUUUUCAGUUUGUUUUUCUUUCUUCACUGUGACUCUAGGAGCAAAUCCGCAAUAUUCUGCUGAAACUUUUUAUAGGGAGCAAUUGCAAGAAGACAUUGAUAGAGUGGAUGAGCUGUUUGGCAAAGCGUUUGAAGCUGGAAUUACUAUUCAAUGCAGAUCCAUCAGUGCAUAUGAUAUAGCUUUUCUACUCUUAUCCGGGCAAUGCAUUGCUAUCGCACUAGUGGACAAAACAAAACUAAAUUCCUCAUGGAUGAAUGAUCUACAAGAUAUGCAACAGUUCAGUGAGGAUUCAGAUUAUAUGGGGCAUUAUGUUGUAAUAUGUGGGUACGAUGCUGAUGCUUGUGAAUUUGAGAUAAGGGACCCCGCCAGUUCAAGACAGCGUGAAAGGGUGUCAAUGAAGAGCUUAGAUCAGGCCCGCAAGUCCUUUGGAACAGAUGAAGAUAUUAUUUUGGUUUCUUUAACUGGAAAAAAUGGAAUGAAGCUAUCGCGUAAACUCCUAGUCGGCUCCUUGUGAAAUCCUUGCCAGCUCCCUAGUUCUAUGUGUAUAUCUUAUUAUCUUGUACAUGCCACUGUAGUUAUGAUUGUCAUUAAAGUCCUGUAUGUAGUUCGCGAUCAUUCUUAUAUCUAUAGGAACUGUGAGCUAGUGAAGUGCCCAGUUAGGUUUGUUAGCUCAUGGCUUACUCUACACUGAAGCUGCAAAGGACGCAGCAGCAAAAAUGCUCGGCAAGAACUGCUCUUAUAAGCAAGAGCAGCUUCUGUAGCGAGCAAAAGUCAUACCAUCGUUGCCUGGCAGAGAUGUAUCAUAUGUAAAUAUAUCCUUACAUAUCGUGCCCAUGUGUAUCCUGAUGCUUGAAUCCUCUGCUGAAAAUUACAAAC